AUGUGUGCACUCCACAUUCUCAAUGGUACAGCUGUGGUGACUUCAAAUAAGUUGGAGUCGUUCAUCCCAGUGGUGGCAGAAAUACCUGAACCACCACCAGGCUAUGCUCGAUCAGGAGAGCCAACUCACAUCAUUGAAAAGAAUUGGAACAGUCUAAUAUACCCAUUACUUGAUGUCCUCACAUAUCACUGGCUAGGUCUCCCCUUGUCAGAGGACUCAAUGUAUAUUGGAGCAUAUGCUGCCCAACAUGGAAUGUCCAAACUCAGUGAACAACUUAGUCUGUUCACUGCAGCAUAUGUAGCAAUGCUUGACCGAUAUUGGCAAAUGGAGUAUGAAAGCCAGGCUCCAAUUGACAGUCUUUCUUGGAAACCUCUUCAAGCCAUAGUUUAUGGUUCAAAACAAGUGCUAUCUGCACGUUUCACUAUCCACACCAUUCCGCUUUAUUUUGGCUGUCUUUCUGCACUCCUUAUUGGUGUGUCAUCUGCUGUCACAUUGCAGAACACUUUCAAUAGGAAAGGUAUUAUGACCAAAGAAGCUGGGAUACUCCACAGCAUUCAGAUGCUUCAAUGGUCCUCUCUGCCCCAUCUGCUCAACAAGCAUCAAUCAUUGCCAGAAUCAAGUGCAGAUGGAUGCAGAGUUGGCAGGGACAUCCUAUUGUUAGAUGUUCAACCUCCACCCACUUCACCUCCGGAGUCAUACCCUACUGCUGCCAUUCCGAUACUCACCUUUGGUCCUGGCAACACACCUCCUUCUACCCCCCAUGCCACCUCUACACCUCCUUCCCUCUCCUCCCCUAUCUCCAUCCGCUCCAAUACUCACCUCGGACCAAACACCGCCCCUCUCGCCACCCUCCUACUCCGCUCCUCCUUCACAACACCUCCACCCUCCCGUCAUCCUCCUACACUUCCCCCGUCCGCUCCGAUACUCACCUUCGGACCUGACAACUCUCGUUUCCGCCACUCCUUCUCCCUUACCUCUCUCCUCCCUCUGGUACUCUUCCGCUGA